AUGGCGUUCUGCGUUGCUGCUCCGAUCGGCCUUCCACUGCUGCGGAUUCGGCGGCUGUCCACGCCGGUGCCGAUGACGUCUAACCGCCUCGUCACGCCCCUCGCCGCUCCCCCGGACAAGAUUAGUAUUUCAGGAAUUUCGGGUUGUGUGAGUUAUGCAAUGCCGAGAUUGACAUCGUGCGCUGCAGCCGACGCCGAACAUAUUCCUCCAGCACGCGCAGAUAAGAAAGCUUUUAUUUGGGUGGCAGAUAAGAAAGAUUUAUUACUUAUAGCAAAGGGGCUUCUGGAUUUGGGGUAUGAGAUCUUCAGUUCGGACGGCACUGUUCAGAUUCUGCAGGAACAUAAUAUUCCUGUUACUGUUAUUUCUCUCGUGGAAUUUUUUAGACUGAGGAAAGGUAAAAACUCUGUCACCGUAGUCGAUCCGGAGGACUACACGAAAAUACUGGAAAUACUUCAGUACAUCGAUGCGAACGGAGAAAACACUGAGACAAAGAUUACUCGUACCAAGCUGAAGAUGAAGGAAGAAGAGCAUAUUGCGCGAAAAAUUCCAGCUAGUUCACUGAAUGAUGAGAAGUCAAAGGAGUAUAAGCUAAGGGAGAAGAGAGUGGACAAGUUAUUGCUCACAUACACUGAAUUCUGCUCAAGAAAGGUUGAUAAAUGGCGAAAAAGUGUCCUAAAUUACACAAAUAAGCACAGGCCAAAUUUUUGCUACUUGUUCAUAGUGUAUGGGGGAAAGCUAGUUCCCCUUAGAAAGGAGAAAGAGAUCAGAGACAUGAACAUGGUGGGUGGCACUGAUGGUGGCAUCGGCGAAACAUCGCAAAGUUCUCUUCCACAAUCCUGUGCCAAAACGGCGAAAGAGACUAGAUUGGAAAAUCAGUUAGAAGAAAUUGAGGAGUAUGUUAAAUGCUUGCAGGCUUCAGAUAUUCAAGAAUGCGAAGAAGAUGGCGGCGAGGUGCUGAUUGUUAGUUCUAAAAAGCAAGACAAACUCGAGAAAUCGAUAGCUGACAUGGUCAAUGUGACAGCAGAUAGUAUUAGGACUUUGAGAGAAAAAAUUGUGGAAGCUAAGAAGAUGGUAGAGGAAAAGAAGAUGGAAGUGAAAGACCAUGUUGAGAGAAGCAGCAAAGCUGAAGGGGUAAUCUCUCUUUGCAAUCAAAAGGCGGCGGAGAUUGAAGAUAGUUUGAAAGAAGACAAGGCCAAGCAAGCCCGAUUAACCGAGGAGCUCGAAAGAGCGAGAGAACAACGCGCGAAACUCACCGAAGAAGUAAAAGAGAGCAAGGGCGAGCUAAGUUCGAUUCGCAAGCUCGACGACGGGCUCGUGACCGAGCUCAAUGCGAAGAAAUUGGAUCAGUCACGGAUCGAGGAUCGCUUCAAGAAGGCGGAGAGCGCGAGAGCCGACUUAACGGCAAAAAUCAAGAAGGUUCAAAGCCAAAGAGACAAGUUACAUCAAAGGAUCCGGAAGUACAAGGAGCAAGAGUUGAUUGAAGAUAGCUUUACUUGCAGUUUCCGCGAGUUCAGCGCCGACGAGAUAAGCGAAGCGACCAAGAACUUCUCGGAGCGAAUGGUGAUAAGGACCGACACGGAGGGCACAACCUAUAAGGCGAAAAUCGGGACUUUAAAUGUUGUAGUUGAAUUCAAAAACGAGCUUUCCAUGCUAUCCGAAGAGGAAUUCAAGGCUCAGUGCCUCACUUCUUGUCAAAGUUACAAACUACAUAACCAAAAUGUUCGGAGUGGCGGUGUUGUUACAAUCACUCCGCAUACAAAGCCGACUUUAGUAUAUAUGUUUAUAUAUGUUUCUCAUCAAUUGUGGCAGGUAGAGUGGUUGUGCCGGAUCCGGCACCCCCACAUCCUGGCUGUGAUAGGCGCCUGCGUCGACCGCCGGUGCAUCCUCUUCGAAUACACGCCGCCUGGUGCCACCCUACGCGACGGACUCUUCGUCCCUCCCCGUCGGGCUGAAGAAGCUCCCCGACUUCCGUGGCACCACCGGAUCCGGAUCGCCGCAGAGGUUGCCUCCUCCCCCGCCGCCCCUCCGACGCCACCGCCUCCGAUAAUGCCGCCAUGGAAUGUAAGAGUAGAUAGUGAUGAAGAGGUCAACAUACGUAGAGUGAAGGAAGCUCUGGCCGGCGGCGGAGAUGGAGACGUGACAGCGGUUGCCGAUCGGACGGCGGGGGAAUGGCCGAGGGAUCUGGCGGUGGAGUUUGCGACGGUAGGAUUGGUGUGGACGGUGGCGCCCAAUAUAACGAGGGUGCUGCAGGAUUUGAAGAGAAGGGCAAAGAAGAGGAUGGAUCAGGAGAGAGAAAGAGGAGGGAGCUGCAGGGAGAGACACGUGGACGUGCCAAGUGUCUUCAUUUGUCCAAUAUUUCAGGAGGUGAUGAAAGAGCCCCACGUGGCAGCGGAUGGAUUCUCGUACGAGUUAGAAGCAAUAAAAGAGUGGUUGGAUGGAGGCCACGACACCUCUCCCAUGACCAACCUGAGGCUACAGAACAAGCGCCUCACACCAAAUCAUGCUCUCAGGUCCCUCAUCAACAAUUGGCAACAAAAUUAA